CACACGGCAGUUGAGAAUCGGAAGACAAGUCAUCCAAGAUGCUGGGAGUAUCCAAGUAUUAGGACUUUAGGAUCCCGAUCAUAACUAGGCUGAUCAAAGACUUUGGAAGAUCCGUUUCUCAGGCGUCUUGUUUUCUCAAGGAGUUUUCAUCGGAAGAAUCGUAUGUCUGUGUGUCAGACGUGCACACGCCUGAGAUCAACAUUAGAACAACGUUUUUUUUUUGACGUUUUGGUGAAGAAUUUUAUUUAACAGGUGUCCGUUCGGAUCUUUCCUUUUGUGGGAAAGCCCACAGAUAAGGUUGAUACCAUCAAAAAUGAUCAAUAAAGAAGAAUUUCCCACAACAACAAGCGUCUCCACGACGUUGACCACAACCAUCCUCGACAGCACCCCGUCUUCUAUCUUGUCUUCGGAUGCUGGCCACACUCCGACCAUUCAUCAGCAAGUCCAGCUGGUCAUCGUCAUCCCUCUGGCCUUCACGAUCAUUUCAUGCAACCUCGUCGUUCUGACUUUCCUCAUCUUCAGCCGAAAGCUGCGCAAACCAUCGUACUUUUUCAUUGGCUGCAUGAGUUUUGCGGACUUCACUGUAGGCUGCGUGUCGAUCUGGACGCUGGAGUAUGCUCGCGAUCGCGCCUUCAUCCCGUGCCUGGUACGUAUGGAGCUGAUGACCAGUGCCGUGGUCGCGUCGCUCUACUGCAUGGGUUGGAUCGCUGUUGACCGUUACAUCGCCAUAUUGGAACCGUUCAAGUACAACCAGAAGAUGUCCAAAUUUCGCGCGGGUGUUGCCAUGACGGUUAUAUGGGUAGCUGCGUUUUGCAUCGGCUUCGCACCUCUAAUGGGCUGGGACGUAGAACACUCCACGGUUUAUUGUUCGUUUUGUUACAUAGACACAAUCGAGUAUGAAGUGUUUUUAUUCGUGAUGGGAUUCGGAGUGCCGAUGUGCACGACAAUAUUCGUCUACACUCUUGUCUUCAAAAACGCCCGCGUUCAUAUCAAGCGGAUGGAAAUUGUAGAGAAUGUUGCCCAUUGCGGCGACAACACUCCGUCGUCAUCUCGAAGACAAUGUCUCUGGAGAAGUCGACGAUGGCGUUCUAGUAGAACGCUUGUGCUCAUGAUUAGCUGUUUUCUGAUUACUUGGUGCCCUUUCGUCGUGACGUCAGUUAUUCAAAUGAUCUGCGACGACUCGUGCGACCUGAAGGACAUUAUAGGUUCCUACCUGCUCCUGCUGGGAUUUUGCAAUUCCUUUUUAAAUCCUGUGAUCUACGCCGUCAGCAACAAAGAAUUUAAAUCUGUUGUUCAUAGUGCAUGGAAAACAUUUCUGUUAAAAUUGAAAUGUUGGUCAGAAACAAGCUGAAUACAGUCGUUCAUCCAGCUACAAAGGCCAGUAAUUCACACAAAACAUUCACUUCGACCUAUUGAUUCUGUAUUUAACAAUGUUGGCUCAAAUAAUUUGAUAUUUAUAUUAUUAAUUAAUAAUUUGUGUAAAUUUAUAUUAAGAGAAAUAUAAAUUCUUA